UGUACACUGAGGGAAAAAUCCCGUUGCGAAAUCAAGCACGUAUGUUGUCAUUUUCGCAACGACCCGUUGUUAUAUUUUUCAACAACGGCUGUUGGUGAAUUGUGCACGAACGUGCUCAAAUUGACACCGAGACGUGGUCAACUUUCGGUACCAACAACAGCCGUGCUUAAUUUGUCCAUUUGUAAUAUUGGUAAUUGCAGCCGAUUACACACGAGUAAAAAAUGACAACGGUGGUGCAUGAUUCACACACGGUCGUUGUCAAUAUGACACCGGUCGUGUAUGAAUUAUGCACCACCACCUGCAUAAUGAUGCACCACCGUUGUUACUUUGUACACCGACGUGCAUGAAUCGUACACGAUCGUUGCCAUUUUAGCAACUACCGUGUAUGAAUCAUGCACCACCGUUGUCAUUUUUUUUACUCGUGUGCAAUCGGCUGCAUAUUUACCAUUUUUUCCGUGUUAUUGAAAGAGAAAGGACGCAUUGUGCAAAAAAUUUAUUGAAAAUGAAUAAUAAUUCGCAAGAUCCUCAAAAUAUCAUUGGUGAGUUGUUAGAAAUCGAUGGCAAUAUUGUUGUGGUUCGCGAUACAAACCAUUGCAGCAGUCAAGAUGCGGAAAACAAUGAGGACGAUUAUAUGUUAAGGGAGUUCUUAAAAGGAAUAAAUAUGGAGUCGCUUUUUGAACAAUUAAAAGCAUCACAUGUAACAUUUCGCAGCUUGCAGUACUUGAAAAAAGAAGAUUUAAAGGAAGCAGUGCCACCAUUGGGACUGCGUGUUGAAUUCAGAGAAAAGCUCUUUGCUUGGAAAAAACGAAAGCUCGGGAUUGAUGACGAAACUAUGUCAGUUCCAUCUAAAAUAGGUGAAUGGUGGAAACGCAACGAGACACCUGCAAGUACUCCUGGUACUCCCGACACUACAGGUUCGAACUGCUCAAAAGCCAAAGGAAUUUUGUCAGAGGAUCUAACGGAAUUGUUAACACAUACCUCGAAGGGGAAACUAGCGCUUGAAUGUAGUAGCGUUAAUAAGAAAUUAAGUGACGAGCAAAGAGAUGAUAUAAUUAAUAUAAUUAUUGAAGAUAUUUUAACCAACAAUGUUACUCUUUACACUCAAGACUAUAUGCGCAUAUUGGAUGAAAUUUGUUCCGUUUUUCCUCUUGAAAACGAAAUGAGGGAUUAUUAUUACAUUUCAAGAAAAGGAAAGAACAACGCAAGCGGAAAACUUUAUGCCAAGUAUAGAAACAAGAAGUCCAAAAGAAUAAAGCUUUUGAUUUCCGAGCCUAGCACAAGCAAAGCAGCAACUCACACAUCUCCUAAUUUUUGUAACAAAGAUGUUCCCGAAAUUGAUGAAUCAGUUGAAAAUUCAUUGAAAGCUUCCUUACUAAGAGAAUGUAAUGAUUGGGGAUCGAUCUGCGAAAAAUGGAAAAGAUCUUUUAACAAACGGCAAAGAGAUAUAAAAAAUUUAAGUAGCCAUACAUUUCUCCUUGAAUGGACGAAGUUGUCCGAUGCAAGAGCUUCAGAAUUGGUAAGUAGCCAUGAGCUAUUUAUUUGUAUAUGGAUACUAAUGUUUCGUUUUAGGUCAACAUUGAUUUCGAUAUUAUGUAUCCACAGAAAGGCAAUCUUCUACUUUCUAAAUGGGACCAAUUUAAGAAAAAAAUUUACAAUUAUUAUGGGAAAAAUAUUCAUAACGAACAUUGCAAACAACUCUUCGCAAAUGUUUUGACGGCAAGC